AGGAGCGAGCGGGGGAACAGACUGCCUGAGCCUCACAGCUCUCAGUCUCUCUUCUGUGCUUGGCAAAGCUGCCUCUCUCUAGUUCUCUCUCUCUUCCUCGCACACGCCCGCGUUCACUCUUUCUCGCCUAAACUGACAAAAACAAACGCGUUGGCAGAGGGGGCUCACUCCCUCCAACUCCUACCAUCACCAUGCUGCCCUGGAGAAGGAAUAAGUUUGUUCUGGUGGAGGACGAGGCCAAGAGUAAACCUAAGAGCCUGGGGACGGGGCUCACCUACCACUCCAUCCUCUCUUCUCUGCUGCGCUCCUGUCCUGACUUGCUGCCGGAUUGUCCCUUCGACUGGGUGGGCAGCAUCUUCCAGACCAAACGGCAAAAGGUGGAACUCAACAAAGAGGAGCCUGUCUACAACGUGCGCUACCUGGGAAGUGUGGUCACCAUCACGGCGAAGGGAGAUGGCUGCACCCAGGACGCAGUGGCCAAGAUCUGGGCGAGGAGCAACUUUGGGGAGCAGAGCAUCAAGAUGAGGUUAAUGGUGGGGCCGCAAGGCAUCCGGAUGAGUGCCGACAAAUCUGGGAAAAAGAAGCCCACCCAUCUUUACUCACUGAACAGGAUCACGUACUGCACGGCGGACCCGUGUCGGCCCAAGAUCCUGGCCUGGAUCUACAGGCACCAAGUCAAGAACAUGGCGGUGGUGCUCCGGUGCCACGCCGUCCUGGUGAGUAAGUCAGAGAAGGCACAGGCCAUCGCCCACAGCCUCUACCAGAACGCCACCUCCGCCUUCAGCGAGUUUAAGCGGCUCAAGCGCCAGAGUGAUUUCCGUCACUGCCAGCAGCAGCUGCUGGGGGAGGAAGCGGUGCCACUGAUGCCGCUGAGGAGGCUGCUGAACGGGCAGUGCCACUACAGACCACCUGCUGACAACCCUGGGAGUACCACUCGCCUCUGUUCCAUCACAGAGGAGGAGGAAGAGGAGGAGGAGGAAGACAAGGAGGAGGAGGUGGAGGCGGAGGAGCCACAGGAGGAAGAAGUAAAGGAAUAUAAGGAGCAGCAGGAGAAACAGAAGGUUUUAACAACAAACACGGACCCAACUCAGUUAUUAUCAGAGUUGGACCUUGGGGAUAUCGCUGGGUUGGAGGAGUGCCAAAUCAACUUCGUCAGUGACAGUAACAACAACACAUUCACAUUUAUAACCUCUCUGGUGUGAGAAUGACACAGUGUAAAGGAUGCUAUUCUUCAACACUACAGCAACACAUUCCUCUUUUUGCCCUUCACUGGUACCCAACACAGGCUCCCUCCUGCCCGUCCGUGUAAUGUGAAGUGUUUACCAGAAACUUCUCCUACUACCGGGUGAUAGAGAAGAGGCAGACCAUCUCUAUGUGGGAGUAAUAUCAAUGUGGGCCAGAUGGCUCAGAUACUGGUUUGCCAGCUUGACUGUAGCAGUUUGGGAAACUGCGUGUUUACAAAGAGGGCUGGUGAUGCACAGACUUACGAUAGCACAAUGACGAACGAGGACAAUGGUUUGAGAGAAUAUUAGAGAGCUGAUGCUGAGAUCACCGUGUCCCCGACACGCGGGUCACAUAUUGAUCACACCUCGUACCAAGACGUGUUUAUUAGUCCUCUGUGUUCCUUUAUUUUUGUGAGUAUAAUUAAUGCUGUGUUUGCCAGCAGGGACAUUUUUCGGAUUGACUUGUAAUAUUUUUUCAGGGAGGUUUGUUUGUAAAUUUGUGUAAUUUUUCUAGUAUGACAAUCCUCAUUGAAAUUGUUCACAACUGACCUUUCUGAGUGCAUCCAGCCGUGAGAAUAAGUUUAAUACUGUUUUGCUAAUGAGCACAGCCAACUAAUGAAUUAGGCUAUAAUUUAGGAAGCAAGCCAUUGAGUCGACAUGUUUAUUGCUGCCAUUUGUUAUAGUCCUCCUUAUCAUUUAUGCAUGACAAGUCAGCAGUGACAUUUAGUGCUGAGCUUUUGUCUUUUUUAAUGUAACAUCUUUGAUCUUUUCGGCUUUUAAAAUUAACACUGUGAUACAUGUGUGACCAGGGAUAAAAAUGCACAACAAUCCAUGCAGCAAUGUCUAAUGUAUGUAAUGCCAUUUGUUUGUACAUUGAUUGUAUUUUCAUCCUGUCUGCAUAAAGCAAAACAGAUUUCGGUUUGCCACAAGAGCACUGAAUUGCUGUGCUCUCUCUCUUUUUUUUUUUUUUUUUUUGUUGCCAAUUUUUGCUAAUGCAGUUUUUUCCACAUAAGCCCUGGCAAAAAACGCAGAUGGACCCUUACAAUUUACUGGAGUACAGAAAAUGUUUUGAAUAUGACUUUAGUUAAUUUCAUGUUGAUGAAAUCUGUGUUACCGUUGAAAAAUGCAUUGUGAUUAUUAUGAGAUUAAGCUAUUUAAAUAUUUAUUUUCGAAAUAUGAUGAAUAAA